AUGUCUGAAUCCUUCAAGAACGCCAAGGACCUGCUCGUAGCCUCAUUAUUCGAGUUGUCCAAAUCUGCCCAAGAUGCCGCCAAUGCUACCGUCAACUUCUACAAGCUCGCCAGCGAAGAGGUCGACGACGAUCUCAUCGCUACUGCUGCCGCUGCUGCUGCCGCAGUUUCCUCGGUAGAGAUCCCCACCGUUCCCUCAGUCGGAAAGGCUAAGGUCACCAAGGCUGAAAAGCCCAGAAAGAAGAAGGUGGAAAAAGACCCCAAUGCUCCAAAGAAGCCUUUGACUAUCUACUUUGCCUUUUCCUUCCAUACAAGAAAACUGAUCAAGGAUGACAGAGAAAGAAAAGGCUUGCCAGCUUUGUCUGCUAUCGACAUGAACGAAAUUGUCAAGCAGAAAUGGGAAUCCAUUACUCCAGAAGAAAAGGAAAUCUGGCAAAAGAAGUACGCCAAUGAGUUGAAUGAAUACCAAAAGGAAAAGGAAAAAUACAGACUCUCCAAAGAAGACAAACCAAAUCAAGUAGCAGCUGUUGCAGCAGAAGUUGCCCGUGCUUUUGAACCUACAGUGGACAUUCCUCUCUUGUCUCUGGUGGAUGCUCCUAAGAAGAAGGAGAAGAAGAGAAAGUCUGAAAAAUCUGACAAGAAGAUCGAAAAGAAGUCGAAGAAGGAUAAGAUUGUCCAGCCUAUCCAAUUGCAGCAUUAAAGAAGACGUCGAUCAUGAUUAUGACAUGAAUUGUUUUAAGAAUUCUCCUGUAAUUGCUAUCUUAAAAUCGCCAUCCAAAAUGAUAUAAUUGUAUGAAAAUAUAAUUAUAUCAUUGUAUCAAUUAUUAUCAUGAAUCGGUCUUGAAAAAGAUUAUUAUUCAUAUAGAAGAUUUGAUAAUGAUCUUCAUGAUUAUCUUUCUAUUUAUUGCUAAUAGCAUUUACCGAAUGCAACCUUCACUUCUGCCUCGAUGGUCCAGCUAGAUAUAUAGUGUAUUAUUACCCACUCUCCUCUAAAUGUACAACUGUUUCUAUCAGUUU